UAAGAUCUAUUUUCAAUAUCAAUUCAAUAAAUAGAAGUACAUUUUUACAAUUCCGAAGCAUGCUAGAUGACAUUUCCAAACAUCUGUCCUGUUUGGAAGGUAUGAAGCUUUCAAAAGAUACUUUAUUUGAUAUGACUAUUAUACAUGUAAUUUACAAUAAAUUAGACAAAAUAAGUCAAAAUAAGUGGAAAGAGCAUCACAUUAGUACAGAAUUACCUACUCUUGAUCAAUUUUUGGAGUUUCUCAAAGAACGACAGGAUAUCUUGCAAUCUCAGGAAGAACCUAACUUAUGUAAAAAUAAUGUCUCUCAUAAUAAAUCUAUUUCUACACGGUCCCAAGUGAAUGUUUCCAUGAAUCAAAUAAAAUGCAAUUUUUGUAAAAGAGGCCAUUCAAUUUAUACUUGUCAGGAUUUUCUAAAAUUACCAAUCAAUGAGAGAUGGAGCAAAGUUGUAGCAUUGAAGUUGUGUUCCAAUUGUCUGCGUAUUGGACAUUCGAAAGAUACAUGCAACAGUGGUAGCUGCCGCAGGUGCAGACGCAAGCAUAACACUCUUUUACAUAACGAUAUUCAACAAUUUAAUGAAAAUACUAACAAAAAUUCUGUUAAUCAUUUAAGCAGUUCUAAUUUAUCUGAUGAACAAAGUACUAGUUCACAAAACAAUUUUAUUCCAUCAGGGGUUGCAAAUACCAGUCAAAAUUAUUUAGUAACUAAUCCUGUUCCAAAUUCCACUGUAUUAUUGUCAACAGUUACCUUUAAAGUUAAGGAUAGUACUGGAAAAUUCCAUAAAUGCAGGGCACUUUUGGAUUCUGGUGCACAAUCCAAUUUAAUAACCAAAGAAUGUGUUCAAAGGUUGAACUUGCCAUUGACUACAGCCAAACUAUCAAUUAUAGGAAUAAAUCAAGUUGUUUCCAACUUAACACAGAAGGUUACACUUACAAUUUUCUCAAACAUUAAUAAUUCUCAAUUCGAUUUGUGUUGUUAUGUAACACCUUUCACUUGUUCCAUUCCUUCCGAGAAAAUAAACACUUUCUUCUCAAUUCCAGAAAACAUCUGUCUGUCUGACCCAGAAUUUUAUCUUUCACAAAAAAUAGAUAUGAUCAUAGGUUCCAGUCUGUUCUGGGAUCUACUCGUACAAGGCAAUAUUAAACUAGGAAAAAAUGGCCCAAUUUUACAAAACACUAAAUUGGGUUGGGUUGUCGCUGGCGCUACUAUUAACACAUCAAUGUUUUCUUCGUGCAACUUUUCAAAAGAUUUUGUGCCAGAAGACAAACAUCUAAGAAAGUUCUGGGAAAUAAAUGAGGUAAACGUACCUCUAAAUAUGUCAAAGGAUGACAUUCAGUGUGAAGAAUUGUUUUUAAAAACCACCACACGAGAUAAAAAAGGUCAAUUCAUUGUAAAAUUGCCUCUGAAACACUCAACUGAACAGUUAGGUGAUUCAAAGGAAACUGCCAUUAAUAGAUUUUUGGCAUUAGAAAAACGAUUUCAAACAAAUGUUGAGUUUUACAAUUUUUACAGGGAUUUUAUUCAUGAAUACUUGCAGUUAGGUCAUAUGACUAAGAUAGAAACACUUAACAGUUAUAACCACAAUUAUUAUUUACCUCAUCACGGUAUCUUAAAAGAAAGCAGUAUUACCACCAAAUUAAGAGUUGUAUUUGAUGGUUCCUGUCCAACCAGUUCUGGAUGGUCUUUAAAUGACUUACAGUAUGUAGGGCCAAAAGUACAAAACGAUAUUUUUGAUAUAUUAAUCAGAUUUCGACUGUACAAAUACGUUGUUUCUGCGGACGUCAGUAAAAUGUAUAGGCAAAUUUGGGUUCAUCCGGACCAUAGACCACUUCAGCUAAUUCUCUGGAGAGAUAC